GCUCCUUGGGAUAUUCUCCAUGGGAUGUGCACAAAAUGUGAGCAUCUGCCAUUUUUUGGUGAGAGUAUAUAAGGACAGCAAUUUCAACGGUAAACCUCAGACAGAAUCUUCCUGUUUCUCGUCAUAGAACCUCCUGCUUCAGUUUUCUUUUAUCCAUCAUCUACCAGUCAAAGAACACGCAUAGUCAUCAAUUUAGAGAAAGUUUACUGUGAAUUCUCCUAAAAACUCCCUAAUCGGUAUUUUAGUGAUUUUGCUUUUCUCUGAUUUUCGCCCUAACACGUGUUCAAGACGACAGUGAGAGAUAAAUAGAAAAAAAGUAAGAAUUACAGUGAUAACAACUUCAGAAUGAUUUGUUAAAAAGAUUUUUUCUAAGAGUGAUGCCUCUUGAAACAAUGAAACUAAUCCUGCUGUUUUGCACUAUCAUCCUCACCACUCGGCACAUCGCUGUGGCUGAGGUGGAUACUCAAGAUUAUGAAUUGAAGGCCAGUCUGCGGUCCGGAGAGGAUUCGAUGACAGAAGAGGAGCCAGAUUCAACACCCCUGCAUCAACUCAAUCGACGACAAGUCAGAAGCGAUAGCACAGAAAUCGAAGCAAGACGUCGAAGCUCCCUGGACAAGAAUUUUAUGCGAUUUGGACGAUCGGACAAGAACAUUUUGCGAUUUGGCCGAUCCGAUAAGAAUAUUUUGCGCUUCGGCCGAUCAAAUCCACAGAAUAUUCUGCGGUUCGGUCGAAGUGGCGAGAAUUUCAUUAGAUUUGGACGAAAUGAUGGGAAUUUCAUGCGAUUUGGGCGCAAUGACGAUGAAAGUAGUCACAUGCGACUAGGACGUCCAGACAACAACUUUAUCCGUUUCGGAAGGACAUUGGAAACCAUAAAUCCAACUCUAAAUAGCGCUGUGAGGAGAAAGAAAGCCAAAGAUACUCCUCUGGAUUGGAGUGAUGGAAAGCGCGCGGAGAAUUUCAUACGAUUCGGACGCAACCAAAAGACCAAUUUUCUGCGAUUGGGUCGUGCUGAGGACAAGAGUGGAGCCCAACCAAAUCCCCAGAAUAAGAAUAUUUUGCGAUUUGGCCGGGCAGGUUCAUUCAUCCGCUUUGGACGCAGUGACAAUGGCGCAGGAGUGAAUCCUGAGAGUUCUGAAGCUGAAGAAGUUGCAGAGAAUAUGAAACCAAUCCUGAAUAUUCUACCAUCUGAUAGUGAAGAUGAUCUCUUGGUUAUUCCACCAAAUUAUCUCAUCUCCAAGGAGUCGGACAAGUAAAGGACAUUUGUCUUCCAUGGCCAGGAAGAGAGGAAUCUAAAAGGAGGAAAUUCUCAAUUCUGGCUGGUUUGAAAAUUUCCUCUUUUUCCCCAGAGAUGAGAUUAAAAAAAAAACAAUUGUAAUUAACUUUCUUAUUUUUCCUCUUUCUUUCAAAAUAUGUAUAAAUUCUCGUUAAUAAAAUUAUUUUCUAAGCAAA